AGCUGAAAAUAAAAUAAAAUUGCACAAUUAUCUGACAGCCAGUCUCGUUCGUAAACACGGACCGGGCUCCUUCAAAUUUUCCAUCUUUAUUUUUGGGAUUUGGUUAAAUAAAAUAACUUCAUAAAAACGAUGACGAUUCGAUUUUUUAUAAGGUCGCUGAUGAUCGGUGUGCCUGUGGGUGUCACAUUCCUUGACUGCGUUGGCUACGUAGCGAGAGUGGAAGGCGUUUCAAUGCAACCAGCUCUAAAUCCAGAUGAAAAUAUCAGUGAUUAUGUAUUUCUUUCGAGAUGGGCUAUCCGUGAUUUGAACGUGAAACGCGGCGAUAUAAUCUCUUUAGUGUCGCCGAAGGAUCCUGACACAAAAAUCAUAAAACGGGUAGUUGCCCUUCAAGGAGAUGUGGUGUCGACGAUAGGCUACAAAAAACCCUUCGUCCGUGUCCCAGAAGGGCACUGCUGGGUCGAAGGUGAUCACACAGGGAAUUCACUAGACAGUAAUUACUUUGGACCCGUGUCCUUGGGACUGAUGAAUGCCCGCGCCACAUACAUUGUCUGGCCCCCGGCACGAUGGCAAAAACUAAAUUCGACUCUGCCGAGACAGCGGUGGCCAAUUGCCCUGGGAAAAGCAACGACCAGUAGUCAAAGCCAAUAGCGUUUAGGAAUAUUGGUUAGCGAUGGAGGAACUCACGAAUUUGUAAAUACUGCACGGCGUCAUACAUAUUUUUCGGAAUAUCCACAUAACUCAUUUAUUUCGGAAUUUUUGUACAUGUUAAGACUUAUUUUAAAGAAGUUAAUAGAGAAAUGAAUAGUGGAAAUUCUGUCUAUGCUAGGAAAAUGGAGGGAAUGGUUUUUGACCCUCACAGUAUUACAUGAGUUUUAACGAAGAUUUAGCAAAGGUGUGAUAUCAUUCUUACACCAACAUGCCUAGGUUUUGAUUACUAUUAAUUUACCACAGCUCAGAAAUCAUU